GCGUCUGCGCCGCGCCCGGCGCGCUCUCUCUCUCUCCUCUCCCCUCGCCGUCGUGGAGCCGAGGCUCGAGGGAGGAUGACGCAGAGCAGCAGCCACCAUCACCACCACCACGCGCUGUGCUGCCUCUCCGCCGCACCUCCGCAGCCGGACGCGCCGCCCUCGCCCGCGCCGGAGCCAGCCGCGCCGCCGGUGCCGGCGGCGGGGGCGGUGGCGGUGGCCGGGGUGCUGCACAAGUGGACCAACUACGGGCGCGGCUGGAGGGAGCGCUGGUUCUCGCUCCGCGACGGCGUGCUCUCCUACUCCAAGAUUCGGAGCGACGCGGCCGCGGCUGGGGCAGGGAUCGCGGCGGCGGCGGCGGAGGAGGACGGGGGCGAGGUCAGGCUGAUCGGCGGCGCCUCCACCAGGAUCGCCGGCGGCCGCCGCCCCGAGAAGCCUGCCGGGGUCGUCUGCCUCAAGGUGUCAGCAUUUCGGGAGAGUAAGUCCGACGAUAGGAGAUUCUACAUAUUUUCCCCCACAAAGACACUUCAUUUGAAGACAGAUUCUAAAGAUGACCGCGUCGCUUGGAUUGAGGCCUUGAUCUUGGCGAGGAGUGUUUACUCACUCAGGUCGCUCAGUGGAAGGAUAAGUUUUGUUCAGAGUGAUGUUUCGAUUUCAACUGCAAGACUUCGAACUCGGAUGCAUCAGGAGGGUUUGAAUGAGAAUCUUAUACAGGACUGCGAACAGAUUAUGCUUACGGAGUUCUCAAGCUACCGGAAGCAACUAAAGCUACGCUACGAGGAUCAUCUAAGCUUGUUUGGAUCCAAUAGACACCAUUUCGAGGAAGGUAGAGAUGGAAAUAUAAUACAGGGCGCGUUGACAAGAAAUGAAUUUUCUAGUUCUCGGCAUGGAAAUUUUAGUGAAUACAGCACAACAGAAUCUGAUGAUUUUGAGAAGCAAGAUGGCGGUGAAUUGAUUUGUGAAGAGGAGUCUACAUUCUUCGAUGCUGCUGACCACUUUACUGAAGCAAACAGCAGAUCUUCAACAAUGUCAAGUUCUACAGAUUGUGGUGCACCGAGCACUACUAACAUAAAUAACCCAGCUGACCAGGAAAUUCUGGAUAUCCAAAUACAAGAUUCUGACAACAUGCUUCCAGAAAUCCAACGGCGGAGUAGACUACCAGAACCUACCGAGAAAGAAAAAGGAAUCAGUCUUUGGUCCAUUAUUAAAGAUAGUGUUGGCAAGGAUUUGACACGAGUAUGCCUUCCAGUUUACUUUAAUGAGCCACUGUCAUCCCUCCAGAAGUGUUUUGAAGAUUUGGAAUAUUCCUACCUUUUGGAUCAGGCCUAUCAAUAUGGAAAACUGGGGAACAGCCUCAUGAGAAUUCUGAAAGUAGCUGCUUUUGCGGUCUCUGGCUAUGCUUCGUCUGUUGCAAGACCUUGCAAACCAUUCAAUCCAUUGUUAGGAGAGACCUAUGAAGCUGAUUUUCCUGAUAGAAGGAUCCGCUUUUUUGCAGAAAAGGUUAGUCAUCAUCCCAUGCUGAUUGCCUGCCACUCUGAAGGCAAGGGUUGGAAAUUCUGGGGCGACAGCAAUGUAAAAUCCAAGUUCUGGGGGCAGUCAAUUCAAGUAGAUCCAGUUGGCGUUUUGACAGUGGAAUUCGAGGAUGGUGAAAUUUUCCAGUGGAGUAAGGUGACUACAACAAUUAAUAACCUCAUCCUUGGGAAGCUGUACUGCAAUCAUCAUGGGACCAUGCACAUAAAAGGGAAUCGUCAGUAUUCAUGUAAACUCAAGUUCAAAGAGCCAUCACUGCUUGACCGCAAUCCUCACCUAGUACAAGGCUUUGUAGAGGACAAUGAUGGAAAGAAGGCUUCAUUUUUAAUAGGGAAAUGGGUUGAAAGUAUGUAUUAUAGUAGCUUGGAUACUUCCAAGGUCAAGAGUGUCGAUCAAUUGCAAGGUGCCGCCUCGCUGCUUUGGGAAAAGAACAAACCUUCUCCCAACCCAACUCGAUAUAAUCUAUCUUCUUUUGCGAUCACGCUGAAUGAGCUGACUCCAGGGCUUCAGGAGAAACUUCCUCCUACUGAUUCACGUCUGAGACCAGACCAGCGGCAUUUAGAGAAUGGUGAAUAUGAGAAGGCAAAUACAGAGAAGCUGAGGUUGGAACGUCGGCAGAGGAUGUCGACUAAACUCCAAGACAAUGGUUGGAAGCCUCGAUGGUUCGAGCAGGACGCCAAAGACGGGACGUACCAUUACAAAGGCGGGUAUUGGGAAGCAAGGGACCAAGGAUGCUGGGACGGAUGCCUCGACAUAUUCGGGGAGUUCUCAGAAACAUGAGGACGGCCAGCUCUUGCAGCAACAACCAGUUCAACUGCCCCAAUGGCGCCGCGACAAUCCUCGUCGGGAACAGCGGCGCUAUCAGUGUUGCAGUUGCGCUUUUAGGAAGAAGAGGAGAGCAAUGCAAUGCAGAAGGAAUGUAGGCAUUGGGGAAGAAGACCAUUGCCGUCUUGAAUGGUAGAUAGAGAGACGGAUGGCUAUGGUGGCCGGCCCUUUAGUUCCUGGAUAAUAAUGUUGCUAUUCUUUCGUUCGUUUAUGUUGGAUGCUUGUUCUUCGGUAGCCUUACUUCUGGGAUAUGCUCCAUCGGCUCAUAUCUGGAUGAUUCGUUGACUGCAGCCCAGCGAGCAUCAUUAAUUUGUAGAAAGAAAAGAGAGGGUAAAUUUACAGAAAUUUGACAUGGAAUGGACAGAUAAUGACAUAAACUCAGCAACAAAUUUAGCUUUCGUUGCUCUACUGAAA